AUGUUUUUUUCACAACCUCCUCAUAUCGCCAAGGCCACAGAGCUGAAGCAAGCGCCCCCAAAGGGUGGUGCCUACUCUGUUCCCAUUCCCGGUACUGAACUGCCUGACCGCAGUCCGGUAUACCGAGCAUGGAAUGCGCAGAAGGAACUUCUGGCGACUCUGGACCCCCAGGUCACCACGGCCCAUGAUAUGUUUGAACAGACCGCCAACCGUCAGCCCAAAAGUCACUGCCUUGGAUGGCGUCCAUAUAACUCCACGACCAAGUCCUUCGAUCCAUACCAGUGGCUCACAUACGAGACCGUCCAGAAGAGGCGUGCCGCUCUGGGUGCUGGUAUAGUGGAGCUGCACCACAAGCAUAACUGUCAUCGCUCUGGCCAGUAUGGUGUCGGUCUCUGGGCUCAGAACCGCCCAGAGUGGCAGAUUACCGACUUGGCUUGCGUUUCCCAAUCUCUCUAUUCCGUCUCUAUCUAUGAUGUCCUGGCGCCGGACGCUACCGAAUAUAUUAUCAACCACGCUGAGCUGAGCUGCGUUGUCACCUCUCUUCCCCAUAUCCCGACUCUGCUUAAGCUCAAGUCGUCUCUUCCGAACCUGAAGAUUAUCAUCAGCCUGGACCCCUUGGAUGGGGGUGAGCAAAAUGGUCACUCUAAGCGUGCCCUGCUCGAGUCUAUGGCUGCCGGUCAGGACCUCGCUAUCUACUCCAUUGAUCAGGUUGAGGAGCUGGGCUUGGCCUCGAAGCGCGGGUAUAACGUCCCCUCUGCUUCGGAUAUUGUCACCAUUAACUACACCUCCGGCACGACCGGUGCUCCCAAGGGUGUUGUUCUGACGCACGGCAAUGCUGUUGCCGCCACAUCCUGUGGUCUGAUCACUGUUAGUCAGGGCCGUGGUGACACCAUGUGCUCUUACCUGCCGCUAGCCCACAUCUAUGCUCGUUUAGCAGAGCACACUGCUUUCUGGGGUGGUGGACGAAUUGGUUAUUUCCACGGAAAUAUUGUGGAGCUAGUUGAUGAUCUGAAGUUGCUGAAGCCCACUGGUUUCAUGUCGGUUCCUCGCCUUUACAGCCGAUUCGGCACUGCAGUUCGUGCCGCCACGGUCGAGCAGCCCGGGUUCAAGGGUGCUCUUUCGCGGCACAUCAUUGCGGCCAAGACCGCAAACAUGAAGAACCCCGAUCCCUCCAAGGCGACAAUCAGACACGCCCUGUACGAUCGUCUCUGGGCCAAGAAGGUGGCCGCCGCUCUCGGUUUGGAGCGAGCCAGGUAUAUGGUGUCUGGCUCUGCACCCUUGGACCCGACCUUGCACAACUUCUUGCGUGUCGCCACCGGCACCGAUGUCUUACAGGGUUACGGUUUAACCGAGUCCUACGCCUCAGCCACCGCUCAGGCAAGUGACGAUCUGACCUCUGGUAACUGUGGUCCUCUUGCACCUUGCGUCGAGGCAUGCCUGGUCUCCCUGCCGGACAUGGAGUACUCAGUGCAUGACAAGCCGUUCCCACGUGGUGAGCUUUUGCUGCGCGGCAACAACAUGUUCCGCGAGUACUACAAGAACGAGGAAGAGACCUCAAAGGCUAUCACUGAGGAUGGCUGGUUCCGCACUGGUGAUGUCUGCACUGUCGACGACAGGGGCCGUUUCAUUAUCAUCGACCGUCGCAAGAACGUGCUCAAGCUCGCCCAGGGCGAGUAUAUCUCCCCUGAGCGUCUGGAGGGUGUCAUUCUCUCCGAGCUUGGCUAUGUCGCCCAGGCUUAUGUCCACGGUGACAGCAUGCAAACCUUCCUUGUUGGUGUCUUUGGUGUCGCACCCGACAUGUUCGCUCCAUAUGUUAGCAAGGUCUUGGGCAAGACCAUUGACCCGACCGACCUGGAAGCGAUCAAGGAGACUCUGAAUGAUGACAAGGUGCGCCGUGCUGUGCUUCGCGACCUUGAACGCGUCGCCAAGAAGCAUAAGUUUGCUGGCUACGAAAGAGUCCGCAAUGUCGCUCUCCGACUAGACCCGUUCACCGUGGAAAACAAUCUGCUGACCCCGACUCUCAAACUCAAGCGUCCGCCCACCGUCAAGGUAUAUCGGGCCCUUUUGGACCAGCUCUACGAGCAGGCCAACGAGGAGCAAUCUGCCCCGCGGGCCAAGCUGUAG